UUUUUUUCAAAACAAAGCAGCUCCUCGCCAUGUUGACCUUCAGGUCCUAAAAGCUCAUUUUGAGGGUUGUGUACGAACAAAACAAACCCCCAGAUUCACUUACCAUGUCUUCCUCUUCACCAACCAUGUCCGAUUCCACCUCACCUCUUCUCCGCUCCCGCCAAUCCCCCCGCCGCCGCCAGCCCUUACUCGCGUCGCUCAUAGGCCGAGCUUCGGGUCGGCGAGGAGCUUCGGUGGUUGUGAGAGAGACGGCUGCACAGGAGCUCGAAGACAGACGAGCCGAUUGGGGCUACUCCAAACCCGUCGUGGCUCUCGAUAUGCUCUGGAACACUUCCUUUGUAGUUGUCGCGGUGGUGAUGCUUUUGAUCUCAAAGGAGGAGGAGCCUAACGUCCCGGUUAGGCUUUGGAUCUGCGGCUACGCGCUUCAGUGUCUUGUUCAUGUGGUGCUUGUCUGGUUGGAGUUUAGGAAGAGGAGCAUGCGCGGUGGGGAUUUGGAAGCUGGUGAAGGUUCUGGUCGUGAUAGUGAUGAUGAAGGUGGUGAUGAGAGGAUCCUCAGCGCUAAGACUUGCGAAUCAAUGAACACCAUUGGGUCAUUUGUAUGGUGGAUUGUUGGCUUCUACUGGCUUGUAUCUGGUGGUGAAAUCCUUCUGGAGAAUGCUUCGCAUUUGUACUGGUUGACUUUUGUUUUCCUGUCAUUUGAUGUGUUCUUCGCCGUCUUUUGCGUUGUGCUGGCAUGUCUUAUCGGAAUCGCCUUAUGUUGCUGCCUCCCUUGUAUUAUUGCUCUUCUUUAUGCUGUUGCCGGGCAGGACGGUGCAUCAGAAGCAGAUCUUAGCAUCCUUCCCAAGUACAAGUUUGAGAUGAUGAACGAUGGAGAAAAGCAAAGUGACGGUGGAGGGAAAAUGAUACCCAUGGAGGCAGGCACUGAGUAUUCAGGAAACGAACGAGUCCUUUUGGCGGAAGAUGCUGACUGUUGUAUAUGUCUGAGUUCAUAUGAAGAUGGAAUAGAGCUAGUGACACUUCCUUGUAACCACCACUUUCAUUCGACGUGUAUUGUGAAAUGGCUGAAAAUGAAUGCGACAUGUCCAUUGUGUAAGUUCAAUAUUGUCAAAGGCAAUGAACAAGACUGAAGUAAAAGACAGUGACUGUCUCAUCUACUAAGUUCUCUUUAAUCCGUGUUUUUUUUUGUAUAGAUUAGAGAUACAGAAAAAUGAUCUUGUCAUGCGUAAGUUGUAAAAUAAAUGUAACUUUGUUGUCUAUCCCUUCAUUUAUCAAAUAUAGAUAGAUAUAUGUUUAUGCCCA